AUGAAAACGCAAAGUUUAAAAAGCAAGGGUAGUACCAAGGCACUUCCCUUAUCUCAUUAGAACAGUUCAGUCUCAAUCAAGUUACUCAGGGAGCCUGUAGUUAGAAAUAUGAACAAGCCACUCAUCUAGAAAAACAUAGACAGGAAGCAAACUGUAAUAAAACUGGAGGCUCUUUAAGAGGAAUUAGCAAAGAGCCAAACUUCAACUAAUAAUACCACCAGAACAAGAAUCUGCUCAGCCAGAGAUGAUAUCAAAAUCAGACUUCCUAAUUCAUGA